CCGUAGUCUGUGUAUUGGUGGCAGUGGCAAGUGGUGACCUUACUUAGUUUAUAAAUAAACAUUUUAGUUAUUUCAUUGAUUUAUACAUUACGUACAUAACUUGUUAUGCUUAUUACCAAAAUGAUUAUCAUUUGGACGAGAUAUUAUUAUAUCAUCGAUAUGGUGCACACAUUUUUAAUUUAAGCCUUAUCAGUGGUGGCGUCUAAUUUUUUUGUUGUUCAAGUAUACAAAAUAAACCAUGGCUUCACACGAGACAGUCAAAGUUGCCGUAGUUGUCGAUCCCGUGGCCAAUAUUGUGCCAUGUUCAAAUUCUCUAACAGCUGAGGAACUUUGUAUACUAUUGUGCAAGAAAUAUGGGAUACCUCCAUUAACCCGUACCCUAUUUGCAUUACGGAUUAAAGGCACGGACUAUUUCCUCAAAGAUAACAGCAAAGUUCUCUCCGGUUCAAGAGAUUACGAACUUAGAAUCAGGUUCAAGGUUCCCCAACUGAGCCUUCUGAUAAAUAUUGAUAUGACAACAUAUGAUUAUUAUUUCCAACAAGCAAGAAAUGAUGUCAAUGAGAAUAAAAUACCAGAGAUUAAAUAUCCUGAACAUAAACGGGAACUUCUUGGACUAGGUAUAGCAGACAUGAUGCGUGUCAUACUAGAAGACAAUCUACAAUUAAACGAAGUUGUUAGAAAUUAUAAGAAGUACAUACCUAAAGUUGUUGUAAAGAGUCAUGGGCCAUUCCUAAAGAAGCAUGCAUAUGAUUGCUUACCAAAGUUGUGCUCUGCUGGUCAUAGUGUGAACUAUGUGAAAAAUUUAUAUCUACAACAGUUGUAUGGACUUGCACCAAACUAUUUAGCAGAGGAAUAUAAGGAUGUAGUAUGGCAAAAUGGAGCAGAGAGCACUCCUGUAAAAGUUGUGGUUGCCCCAUUUCAUCCACAUCAACCUGGAAUUCGGAUCUACAAUACACUGAAGCGAGAUUGGUUCCACGCAUGCGCUAUUGAAGAGUUGAUAUAUCUGACGAGAAAUGGUGACCAUAGCUUGGAAGUGUCUCGACGAGGAACACCACUUUUCCUUAAGUUCAAGUCUGAAGAACAAUUAACUUCGUUUAUAUCGAUCUGUGAUGGGUACUAUAGGUUAAUGGUGAAAUGGACUUUUAAUCUUUCUAAAGAUGACGAAACACCAUCUCUCAAGGAGUUGCAUAGGAUAAGAUGUCACGGACCUGUCGGAGGUGCAUUUUCGUAUCGGAAGUUGGAGGAAAAGCGAAGUAAAAAAUAUGGUUGUUUUAUACUUCGACAAUGUCAGGAUGAUUAUAAUAUAUAUUACCUGGAUGUCUGUACAAAAAAUAGCACAACAGAAACAUAUUUACUUGACUUCAAAGGCGACGGCUACGUGUUUAAUCAGGAAAAAUAUUUUAGUAUCGAAAGGCUGAUCAGUUGCCAUCAGAACCCUGAAGGAAGGAUAUUUCUCAACGAAUGUAUACCUCCUUCGGAAUAUGAUAAAUCACAAUUACUGCUGUGUGGAGAGCCCGUUAAGAAAGGAGUGAGGAUCGACCAAGCCGAGUUACAGGAUAUUCUAAAAGAUAACAAAAGUCCUAGAUGCUUGCCAAACAAGGAUAUUUUAUUAUAUACAGGAUCUGAGAAAGUAGGCUCCGAAAAUAUAACCGCUACAUACAAAGCGCUCUGGAGACUCGACGAAACGAAGAAACUGCAAGUCGCCUUCAAAACAUUGCAAAGAGAUAGAGCCAAUGAUUAUUUGAAGGAUUUUGUCGAGUUGGCAAGUAAAUGGGCGUGCGUACAGUCUAGCUCAAUAGUUCGAUUGUACGGUGUCACCUUGAGCUCUCCCACAGCGCUAGUUCUCGAGUACCUGCCCUUUGGACCUUUUGACGUCUAUUUAAGGGAAAACGAAGAAAGAGUUAAGCCGCUCCAUCUCAAGAAGGUAGCGGCCGGCCUCGCGAGAGCCCUAUGGGACUUAUCGGAAGCUGGAGUUGUCCAUGGUGAUAUUAGAUGCAGACGAUUGCUGCUUGCUUCUCAUCAGGCUGACAGGAUACUUGUGAAGCUGUCUGGACCAACGCUGAGGCAGUAUACGCCACAAGAUGUUCAUUGGAUUCCUGUGGACUUCUUUGCUGAUAUGGCCCUGGCAAAGAGGUCGGUUGCCGGCGAUAUUUGGGCCUUCGCGACCACUCUUUGGGAAGUGUUUUCAUACGGACAAUCGCCAACUCAUACUAAUCCUGUUUUAACUUCAAGGAGUUACGAAAUGGGCGACCGGUUACUCCGUCCGGCGAGGUGUCCCAGCGAAGUGUGGGCAUUGAUGAGGCAAUGUUGGCAAAGUGAGCCUCUGAGACCGCAAGAGAUCAUGCGAGAUAUGAAUCAUAUGCUGCACAGAGAAUACGUACCUAUACACGAAUAUGAAGAACCAAAGAUUUCACUCGACCAUCUAGAACAUCACGAUACGGUUUCAAGUGACAGAUUUAUUCCUAGUGAGUUGAGCGAUGCGGGCAGCAAUAAGUCCUUGUUGUCUGUGGAAAGUAGUGUUAAUUCUAUUAAUGGAAUGUCCGAUCACUACGAUAAUAUGUUCGGAGACAACAAAAGCGCGAACUCGUUUGAGCAUAACUUAAACGCGAUGGCGUACGCGUUACGCAACGAGACGUUAUCGUGCGGGCGUAGUAGCCGUAGCAGCGUGCUCGGUUUGGGACUUGGGUUAGAGACCGCGGACGAGUUUGCCUGCUCGGCUCCACGGCUUAUGGAGUCCAUUGUAUCUCAGGGAAAGACCUACCUCGUGACUAUCACUAAGAAGAUCGGCAGUGGAAAUUAUGGGCACGUCUUCAAGGGGUGGAUGGAGCGUGAUAAUCAAGAAUCUCAAAGGAUGGAAGUGGCAGUUAAAAAGUUAACAAGACAAGAGUCUGAGAGAAAUGGUAGUUUGUAUGAAGAUUUCAAAAAUGAAUUAGAAAUUAUGAAGUCCCUACAACAUAUAAAUAUAGUGGAAAUCCUCGGAUAUUCGUGGGACCAUGGGUCAGAUGUUCUAAUAGUGAUGGAGUACCUUGAGGAGGGUUCACUCAACUACUACCUCAAGUUCCAAGGCGAUAAAUUGCGGCUCUCGCAUCUGCUCAAGUAUUGCAAGGAUAUUGCUACUGGAAUGGAUCACGUGUCCGCAAAAAACGUAGUACAUCGGGAUUUAGCCACUCGAAAUAUUCUCGUUGUAAACAAAUACCACGUCAAGAUCUCUGAUUUUGGCCUUGCGAGGAUUAUUCCCAAGGAGGAGAGUGCUUAUAGGAUAAAGACUGAGCGAUUAUUGCCUAUAAACUGGUACGCGCCAGAGUCAGCCGUUGAGCCGUGGCACUUUUCAACGAAAAGUGACGUAUGGUCAUACGGAGUAACCGCGUGGGAGAUCCUAACACGUGCACGUCUUGAGGUCCCCAAAUUUGAUGUGGAACGACCACGGGAGAGGGCGUCUUGUUUCCAAAUACCGGAUGGGUGCCCGUCAGAAAUAUUUCGUCACUUGAUGAAGGAUUGCUGGGCGCUGGAUCCCAAUAUGAGACCAAAAUUUAUUGACCUCGUACAUAUGUGCAAGCGAUUUAUGGACGAAUAUAAAUGAAGGAACUAAUUAGGCUUAGUUGGCUUGAAAUCGCGGACAAAUUCGCUUCUAGCGAACGAUUAUUGCGACGUAAUUAUGUACGUACAUACGUACGUAUUAAGGUAUACGUAACUGUACGUGUCUAUUAUUAGACCAUUGACAACAUUCCUAUAAAGCAUAUAUUUGCUUUUGAGAAUCGCUUUUAUAACGUGCGCCAAGAAAUACAUUUGUCUCUUUUGCGCAUCGAUCGUGCUGUCUUGCUCUCGCAUUAGUAAAGUUCACGACUGACGAUAACCUCGAAUAGUAAUACAAUUUGUAAUUUUCGCAAUAUUAUAUAUAAGAAAAGUAACUAGAAUGUUCUGCAAUUAUUGGGAACAAGGAAUACAUCGAAAUACAUGCCUAAUUGGCUUAUUGCUCCGAUUUUGUGAUUUUAUAUUGAGGAAAUUUAUUUGAUAUAAUUUUUUUAUGUUGUUCUACCGACAAACUAAAAAUAGAGAUAUGGAAAUUUAAUUUUUUCUACAAUAAUUUAUGAAAUAUUUUUUAAUAUGAAAUCGAAUUUUAUGGAAUGGUUGUAUAUUUGUUCCUCAAUGUAUUGAAGUUGUAAAUAUUUUAACUGCAAAUACCUCUUUACAAUUAUUAAGGAUCAUAGUUUUUAGGGGACCCCGCACAUGAUAUUUUAAGUAUUUUUAAUUGAAUAAAAAAAAUAUCCGUAUUCUUGACGCCUUCGGAAACGGAAAAUGAAAAAUAUCUAGCCUAUUUCAGUCAUAAAAGUUUUCUUCUGGCUAAAACUUUC